UUGAGGAUGUGGCUGUGGACUUCACCUGGGAGGAGUGGAGGGUCAUGAAUGAUGCUCAGAGGACUUUGUACAGGGAUGUGAUGCUGGAGAUCUACAGCAGCCUGGUGUCAUUGGGGUACUGCAGUAGUAAACCUGAGGUGAUACUCAAGUUGGAGAAAGGAGCAGAGCCAUGGAUAAGUAAAGAACACCCAAAGCACAUUCAUCCAGGUGAGAAACCAUAUAAAUGUAAAGAAUGUGGGAAAGAUUUUAAGUUAAAGUCACACCUCAGCAUGCAUCAGAGAAUUCACAGAGGUGAGAAACCAUAUGAAUGUAAAGAAUGUGGAAAAGCUUUUACUCAAAAGUCAGUCCUCAGCAUGCAUCAGAGAAUUCACACAGGUGAGAAACCAUAUGAAUGUAAAGAAUGUGGAAAAGCUUUUAAUCAAAAGUCAGACCUCAGCAUGCACCAGAGCAUUCAUCCAGGUGAGAAACCAUAUGAAUGUAAAGAAUGUGGAAAAACUUUUAAUGAAAAGUCACGCCUCAGCAAUCAUAAGAGAAUUCACAGAGGUGAGAAACCGUAUGGAUGUAAAGAAUGUGGAAAAGCUUUUAAACAAAAGUCACACCUCAGCAUGCAUCAGAGAAUUCACACAGGUGAGAGACCAUAUGAAUGUAAAGAAUGUGGAAAAGCUUUUAACCAAAAGUCAAUCCUCAACAUGCAUCAGAGAAUUCACACAGGUGAGAAACCAUAUGAAUGUAAAGAAUGUGGAAAAGCUUUUAAUCGAAAGUCAGAGCUCAGCAUGCACCAGAACGUUCAUCCAGGUGAGAAACCAUAUAAAUGUAAAGAAUGUGGAAAAGAUUUUAAGUUAAAGUCAGUCCUCAGCAAGCAUCAGAGAAUUCACAGAGGUGGGAAACCAUAUGGAUGUAAAGAAUGUGGAAAAGCUUUUAACCAAAAGUCAACCCUCAAUAUGCAUCAGAGAAUUCACACAGGUGAGAGACCAUAUGAAUGUAAAGAAUGUGGAAAAGAUUUUAACCGAAAGUCGCACCUCAGCAGGCAUCAGAGAAUUCACACAAGUGACAAACCAUAUGAAUGUAAAGAAUGUGGAAAAGCUUUUAAGCAAAAGCCAAAACUCAGCAGGCAUCAGAGAAUUCACACAGGUGAGAAACCAUAUGAAUGUAAAGAAUGUGGAAAAGCUUUUAAACAAAAGUCACACCUCAGAAUGCAUCAGAGCAUUCACACAGGUGAGAAACCAUAUGAAUGUAAAGAAUGUGGAAAAGAUUUUAACCGAAAGUCACACCUCAGCAGGCAUCAGAGAAUUCACACAGGUGAGAAACCAUAUGAAUGUAAAGAAUGUGGAAAAGCUUUUAACCAAAAGUCACACCUCAGCAUGCAUCAGAGAAUUCACACAGGUGAGAAACCAUAUGAAUGUAAAGAAUGUGGAAAAGCUUUUAACCAAAAGUCACACCUCAGCAUGCAUCAGAGAAUUCACACAGGUGAGAGACCAUAUGAAUGUAAAGAAUGUGGAAAAGCUUUUAACCAAAAGUCACACCUCAGCAUGCAUCAGAGAAUUCACACAGGUGAGAGACCAUAUGAAUGUAAAGAAUGUGGAAAAGCUUUUAACCAAAAGUCAGUCCUCAGCAAGCAUCAGAGAAUUCACAGAGGUGAGAAACCAUAUGAAUGUAAAGAAUGUGGAAAAGAUUUUAAUCGAAAGUCACACCUCAGCAUGCAUCAGAGCAUUCACAUAGGUGAGAAACCAUAUGAAUGUAAAGAAUGUGGAAAAGCUUUUAACCAAAAAUCAUACCUCAGCAGGCAUCAGAGGAUUCACACGGGCGAGAAACCAUAUGAAUGUAAAGAAUGUGGAAAAGCUUUUAAGGAAAAGCCAAAACUCAGCAGGCAUCAGAGCAUUCACACAGGUGAGAAACCAUAUGAAUGUAAAGAAUGUGGAAAAGCUUUUAACCAAAAGUCAUACCUCAGCAUGCAUCAGAGAAUUCACAGACGUGAGAAACCAUAUGAAUGUAAAGAAUGUGGAAAAGCUUUUAAGUUAAAGUCACAGUUCAGCUUGCAUCAGAGAAUACACACAGGUGAGAAACCAUAUGAUCGUAAAGAAUGUGGAAAAGCUUUUAACCAAAAGUCAUCCCUCAGCAGACAUCAGAGCAUUCACACAGGUGAGAAACCAUAUGAAUGUAAAGAAUGUGGAAAAGGUUUUAAGCUUAAGUCACACCUCAGCAUGCAUCAGAGAAUUCACAGACGUGAGAAACCAUAUGAAUGUGGAAAAAGGUUUUUUUUUACAAUGUCACAGUUGAGAAGACAUCAGGAUACUCACAGAAGAAGAAACUCCUUAUGAAUGCAAUAUGACAGGCCUUGAACUGAAAUUCCCCCUAACAGAUAAAAGAGAAUUCACACAAAGGAAAAUCCCAGUGAAUGUAAUUUGUAUGGGAAAAGAAUUUUCCAGAUGACAUACCUCAAGACAUCAGAGAACUUGUAUCAGGAGAGACGUAUAAAUAUACAGUUGUCCUGAGGUAUUGAAGAAUGUCUUGAGGAUCCCCUACUGAUAUAAAAAUUUGCUGAUGCUCAAGUCCCUUUUAUAAAUGUUGUAGUGUCUGUAUCACCAAUUCACUUCCUGCUGUGUAUUUUACAUCUUGUGUUGAUUACUUAUAAUACUGGAAAAAAUGUGAAUACUAUGUAAAUCGUUGUUAUACUGUGUUUUUCAGUUGUAGAAUUGUUUCAUUUAUUGUUUUUAUUCACUUUUGAGGAUUUUUGAUAAGUAGUUUCUUGAAUCACCAGAUGUGUAACCCUCAGCUGUGGAAGGAGGACUGUAAUGAGUGUGAAAACAUCUUUUCUCCAAAGUCUCAAAGCUGCCUGUGGUUAGAGCAUUUCUGCUUGUAACAUUGGUGCUCUUAACACAAAUGAACUCCAUACCAGCCAUGCACCAAAAAAUAAAUAC